AUUAGCCCAAGUCUUUGAACCACAAAACAUAUAUAAAACCAUGCAAGCCAUAAGCUUGCACUUCAAUGGAAACUAUUACAAUAUUUUUCUUUAUCUCCACUUUUCUUCCAAUCUUGAUAAAUUCAUCAACUGCAAUAGACACCAUAACUUCAAACCAGAUCAUCAAAGAUGGUGAUACCAUUGUUUCAGCAGGUGGGAACUUUGAACUGGGAUUUUUCAGUCCCGGUAGCUCCAAGUACCGGUACUUGGGUAUAUGGUACAAAAAGAUAUCAUCUGAGACUCAAGAUGUAGUAUGGGUGGCCAACAGAGCUAGUCCAAUCACUGGCAUGUCAGGAGUUCUCAAAGUUGUCAGCCCAGGAAUCCUAGUACUUUUCAAUUCCGCCAAUGAUGUUCUUUGGUUAUCAAACAUGUCAAGAUCGGCAGCCAAUCCAGUGGCACAGCUUUUGGACACUGGGAACUUAGUUAUGAGAGACGGCAGUGACAGCAACCCUGGAGACUACCUGUGGCAAAGUUUCGAUUAUCCUGGAGACACGUUUUUACCAGGCAUGAAAAUGGGGAUAAAUUUGACAACCGGCCUGAAUCGGUUCUUGUCGUCAUGGACGAGUCCUGACGAUCCUUCCCCUGGCAAAUACACAAACAAGUUUCAUUCUGAUGGGUAUCCGCAAAUACUUCUGAGGAAAGGAUCGAGUAUACAGUUCCGGUCUGGACCCUGGAACGGUCUCCGGUUCAGUGGCAUGCCUAAUCUGAAGCCGAACCCAAUCUACACCUUUCAAUUUGUUUAUGAUCAGGAAGAGGUAUACUAUGAGUAUGAACUUGUUAACAGCUCAGUAGUUUCCAGGAUGGUGUUGAAUCCAGGCGGAAUGAUACAGCGAUUCAUCUGGAUUGACAGGACGCAAAGUUGGGUACUGUUCUUGACCGCGCAGAUGGAUAACUGCGACCGGUACGCACUGUGUGGGCCAUAUGGUAGUUGCAACAUCAAUAAUUCCCCGGCCUGCGGGUGCUUGAAAGGAUUUGAGCCGAGAUUUGCAGAGGAAUGGGACGUGGCAGAUUGGUCGAACGGGUGUGUGAGGAAGACUCAGUUGGAAUGUGGGAAUGGAGAUGGGUUUUUGAAGGUUUCUGGUUUGAAGUUGCCAGACACACAACAUUCAUGGUUCAACGUGAGCAUGGGUCUUGAGGAAUGUGAGAGGGUUUGCCUGAGGAACUGUAAUUGUACAGGUUAUGCAAAUGUGGAUAUCAGAGAUGGUGGGAGUGGAUGCUUAAUUUGGUUUGGGGACCUGAUUGAUAUUAGACAGUAUGCUGAGAAUGGGCAAGAUCUUUAUGUGAGAAUGGCAGCUUCAGAAUUGGAGAAACUUAACAGCUCCAGUGCAAAGAGAAGAGUGAGGAUCAUAGCCAUCCCUAUAUCACUUGUGGGAGUGGUUCUCCUAAUCCUAUUCCUCUUCUUCCAAGUCAGAAAUAAAAGAAAGCUCAAGAGAGUAGGAAUGACUAGAUUCAAUCCAGAAACAGACUACAGUGACGAAAACGAAAGAAAAUAUAUAGAAUUACCACUAUUUGACUUUGCCACGAUAUCAAAAGCUACAGACAAUUUUUCAAUAAGCAAUAAGAUUGGAGAAGGUGGCUUUGGACCUGUGUACAAGGGUACAUUGGAAGAGGGACAACAAAUAGCUGUGAAGAGACUAUCAAAGAGUUCAAGACAAGGACUUGAUGAAUUCAAGAAUGAAGUGUUAUGUAUUGCCAAACUUCAACAUCGAAACCUUGUCAAGCUUCAAGGAUGUUGCAUUGAAGAAGAGGAAUGGAUGUUGAUCUAUGAAUAUCUCCCCAACAAGAGCUUGUAUUCCUUUAUUUUUGGUGAAAAGCAAAGCAUGUUAUUGGAUUGGCCCAAGCGCUUCAACAUUAUCAAUGGGAUUGCUCGAGGGCUUCUCUAUCUUCACCAAGACUCCAGACUGAGAAUCAUCCAUAGAGACCUAAAAGCUGGUAAUAUUUUACUAGAUAACGAGAUGAAUCCAAAAAUUUCAGACUUUGGCAUGGCCAGAAGUUUUGGAGGCAAUGAAACUCAAGCAAAUACAACUAGAGUAGUUGGAACAUAUGGUUACAUGUCUCCAGAGUACGCUAUUGAUGGACUCUUCUCCAUAAAAUCGGAUGUCUUCAGUUUUGGGGUAUUGGUGCUUGAGAUAAUCAGUGGGAAGAAAAACAGAGGAUUUCAUCAUCCUGACCACAACCUCAACCUUCUAGGGCAUGCCUGGAACCUCCACAAAGAAGGCAAGUCUUCGGAACUAAUUGACACGUCAAUGGCAGAUGCACGUAAUCAUCCUGAAGUUAUUCGGUCAAUCCAUAUCAGUCUAUUGUGCGUGCAACAGAGUCCAGAGGACAGGCCAAGCAUGUCAUCUGUGGUUCUCAUGUUUUGUAGUGAUAUGGUAUUGCCUCAGCCGAAGCAGCCCGGGUUUUUCAGUGAGAGGAAACUUCUCAACGCAGAUUAUUCUUCGAGUAAGGCUGAAUCUCAUUCAGCCAACCUAUUAACUGUUACGUUUUUGGGUCCCAGAUAAAAGACAUUUCAUGUUGAUGUUUUGGUCCUUUGGGACAUAUGACAUUGUUAUUCCAGCAUUAGGCAUUUUUAAACAGAAGAAAGGAAAACAGUUCCAUUUUGUGCAUUUCUUUCUCAAUAAGAAUGUUUAGGAAUUAAAAUAACAAAACUUCUUAGCACUCUAAUCUAAACAAUACCACUUUUAGGACUUCAUAUCAUCACUGAUGUGAUGAGAGUGAGCAUUCCAAAAAUCAAACAUGAUGGUGACGAUGUCACACAUGCAUCAAAAUAUAGUCAUUGCAAUUUUAUAAUAAUGCAAUGAAUAGCUGAUUCAAUGUCAAUAUAAAGUAAUAGCAACACUGUUGUGAUGAACUUUCAGAGGAAAAAUAUAAAGUAUGAACCUAUAUAUAUUCACCAAAAUUGGAAAGAAAAAUAUAGUUGAAAUGAAAAAUAUCAAUAAAUAAUGGGUACUUAUGUUGAUCAUGUUCCAUGAGGGUUUGCCAAAUU